CAAUGGGAACGUGACAUGACGCCUCCGUGGGGCCACGUCUAUCUCCCACCCUUUGGUUGCAUCUGCAGUUUGAGAGACAUGCACAUGCUUAUGCCAAUUGCUGCACUACACCAUACAGCAGCAGCAACUCAGGGCAGAGCAAUGCUCCAUUCCAUGGCGCCCCUCCACGCCGCCGCCGCCACUGCGCAGCACGCAGCCGUCGGCGCAGCUCCGGGCAGAGAUGCUGCUCCGAAGAAGAACGGCGGCUGCGUUCCAGCCAACCGCGACACCAGGAGGGCGUUCCUGAGCGGCGUGGCGAUCGCCGCUGCCGGCGCCGGCGCGCUGCUGGGCCACGUGGACGCGGCGCCGGCGGCCUCCAAGAGGCGGGCCCCGCCGCCGCCGUCGGAGGAGAAGGAGAAGAAGGACCCCAACCUCAGCGGUGUGCAGGCCAAGGUGUUGGCCAGCAGGAAGCGGAAGGAGGCCAUGAAGGAAGCCGUGGCCAAGCUGCGGGAGAAGGGGAAGGAGCCCGCGGACGCGGCCAGCACCGUAACCGGAAUAAAGCCCAGAUCGACAGGGGCCGUUGUAGAGUGAGUUUGUGUUGGGUGCCGCCGCUUAAUUUACCAGCUUCUCAUUUGUCGAUGAGGAGCACAUAACAGAGAUCGAUUCGCCAUAUCUUAGCAUAAAUAUUUACCCAAUGAGUAUCGUUUUGCUGCC